AUGCACGUCUCUGGAGUAACCUUGGAUCUUAAUUGGUUCCUGCAAUUGAUAUUGACAGUGUUUUUGAUCAUCGUUGGGUUGCUGUACUUGGUAAAGAAUACGGCCUCCAAAUACUUUGAGGUCGACGCGAAUUUCGAGGCUUCGGGUGGUGGAGGAAUGGCGGGAAAAGGCGGAGGCGACGGUGGCGAUUGCAACUCAAUGUCCGGUGGCGGUUCUACGGGUGAUGCUGUAUGCGUCGUCUGUGGGAAUUUGGGCACGAAGAAGUGCUCGCGGUGCAAGGCCAUUCGAUACUGUUCACCAAAAUGUCAAGAAAUUCAUUGGAAAGCUGGCCACAAGACGAAGUGCAAGGAUUUUCAAGCGCGUAGGAAUUCCGACAGGGGUUCCAAAGCUUCUAAUGUUGGGAGCAAAAGUUUUUCUUCAAUUUCGCUGAUACCGUCUCAUAAGGCCUCUAAGCCUAUCAAGCAACCAAAAGAUAUUCUUUUUCCCUAUGAUGAAUUUCUGGACCUUUUUUUCUGGGAUAAGCGUCAGUUUCAUCCUUGUGGACUCUUAAAUUGUGGCAAUAGUUGCUAUGCAAAUGUGGUUCUUCAGUGUCUGUCCUAUACAAGACCACUUUUUGCCUUCCUUAUGGAAAGAGGGCACAGAAAUGAAUGUGUUCGUGAUGAUUGGUGUUUCUUUUGUGAGUUUCAAACACAUGUUGAAAGAGCUAAUCGAAGUGCCCAACCCUUUUCACCUAAUAAUAUUAUCCUUCGGUUGCCUAAUAUUGGUGGAAAUCUUGGUUAUGGAAGGCAGGAAGAUGCCCAUGAGUUCAUGAGAUUUGCUAUUGAUAGAAUGCAACUUGCGUGCCUUGAUGAAUUUGGUGGAGAGAAAGCUGUUCGUACACCUUCCCGAGAGACGACCAUUAUACAACACAUUUUUGGUGGUCAACUUCAGUCCCAAGUGAUAUGUACAAAUUGCGAGAUUGUCUCCAACCAGCUUGAAAAUAUGAUGGAUUUGACUGUUGAAAUUCAUGGGGAUGCUGCAUCAUUGGAGGAGUGCCUCGAUCAAUUCACGAAAGUCGAGUGGCUGCAUGGUGAUAAUAUGUACAAAUGUGAUGGGUGCAAUGACUAUGUCAAGGCAUCAAAACGUCUUACGAUUAAACAGGCUCCUAACAUUCUUACAAUUGCCUUGAAGAGAUUUCAGAGUGGAAGGUUUGGGAAGCUCAACAAGAAAGUAACAUUUCCAGAGACUUUAGACCUUAGUCCUUACAUGAGCGAAGCAGGAGAUCGUACGGAUGUGUACAGGCUUUAUGCUGUAGUCGUUCACAUUGAUAUGCUGAAUGCUUCAUAUUUUGGACACUAUAUCUGCUACAUUAAGGACUUCUCUGGAAAUUGGUACAGGAUUGAUGAUCGUAAGGUUUCUAAAGUUGAUUUAGAAGAGGUGCUAUCUCAAGGAGCGUACAUGAUUUUGUUCUCCAGGGUUCGCCCGCGAUCUUCAAGUCUUCAAACUAUUGAAUCUAUGAGGAACAAUCAGCUACAAAAAGAGAAUGGAGAAGCGGAUCUUUGCGCAAAUGAACGAGUUGGAAGUGCUAAACUAAGUCUUGUGGAUCACGUUUGUUCGUCCAACUCCGAGUCGAGUGAUGGCUGCAUGCAUUCUGAUAAUUUUACUGGGUCCCCUGACAUUCAACCACAACCCCUGAGACUGUGUUCUAAAGAUGAUAUGGAUGGAGAUGUACUUGAAUCGUCUACUUCAAGCGGGGUUUCUGCGUGUACUCGCAAAGCAGAUUUUGGGGUAUCUUCUGAAGCGGUAAUGGAUGAUGUUCGGGAUAUAGAUCUGCUUGAUUUUGGAACUAGUUCAUCUGUUCCAAGGGAUAUUCCUUCUUUUGGAAAGGAUUCUCUUUUGUUGUUGAACUACGAACCUUCGAUAACAAAUCCACUGGAUACAAGAACAGCAAGUGGAAAUGAUCAUUGUCAUUCAGCCAUUUCUAUGGAGGUUUCUUACGGCGAGGAUGUUUUGGUGAACAAUCUCAGAACUGCGAAAGACGAUUCAGAGGAUACAAAUAUGGUUAGUUGCGAUACGAGUUCUCUCCUCUAGCACAAGAUGUCAAUGUUCUUGUCAAUGGACACAUACAUGGAGAUGAAACCGUUCCUCUCGCUACAAAUAAUCAAAAUAAUUACUCAUUCAACGAGACGUCUGCUGCUGAAUCCCACAAGAUGAAUCCGGGAUUGCCCUGUCUGGGCUAUUAGUUUGAAGAUGCAAGCGGAACAAAUCAAGUGGAGUCGAUGGGUGAUGUUUAGGCCACUCGAUCGAUCAUUCAUAGAUCAAUCAGUCAUCCUUAAAACGAGGUUUGAGCUGAUAUAUAUUUUUUUCUUCUUCUGAGGUUUCACUAUUAGCAGAGAUCUCGGCGUCGAUUACAAAUUGUGAAAGUCCGUAAACAUAUCAAAGUAUUGGUUCUCACUGUGCUUUUAUGCAAUAGGGAUUAGGCUCCUACAGAGAAUAUCUGGAUACCUUGUUUUAGAGUUCAUUAGAGAUUAGGUUCUUAGUUUCUUCUAACAGAAAUUAAAACUCAUUUCUAAAUGUUGACCUUGUGUGUUCCUGAUGCACAUUCAUUAUAAAUUCUAAUGAGAAUGAGCUACACUUUUUUCUCGUAACA